GCAUAAAAUAUAGUGUUUAUCUGACCAACGUUUCCUUUCGUAUUUCUAUUGAUUGCAUAAGUGAAAACCGAAAAAUGGCUUUCCACGAAUUUAGCAGAUCCUUGGGUCGACUUUCGCGAUCUAAUAAAUUACAACCCCUUUUUCCAAUUAGACCUGUACAGUUGAGUAAAACUCAGUCAGUCAUAAUAUAUGAUUCCAUUAACACAAAGCCUGCCUCCACUAUUUCAAAACCUAAUCUUGAUGAUCGACCAACUGUUCCUGAACGCAUAAAAUAUUGGCAAAAAUAUUUCCAGGAACAAGAAGCAAAAGGUGUACCUGUUUAUUUGAUGAGAGGUACUUCUGAUAAAAUUUUAUUUGGAAUAACAUGUGUUGGAACUUUCAUAGGACUGUGCUUGUCCUUUAAAGCUAUGUGGCCACAUGUUUGGAUCAAGUAAACACUGAAAUCAUCUAAAUCAUAGAGUACUUUUUUGAUGAUUAGCAAAAAUUAGAAUAUAAGUAUAAAUGAAAAAUGUUUCGAAAACCAUCAAUAAAGUUUUCUGUAUAAGAAGUAA